CAGGACAAAGCGUGACGCAAUAACAGUUGGUAGCAGGUUGUUUAGCUGUCAAGCUGCAGUGAGCGAUUCGGAACUCGCCGAUGUUGGCUAAGUUUAGCUUUACCAACGGGCCAUCGUGUCCCCCCCGACACCAAGGAGGACAUAUAGCUGGGCCAAUUUAACGUAUUAUACCAGCACGCCGAGAAUGUCUUUCCCGACAGGCCAGGGAUGAAGAUGAUAAUAUGGCGAGCUGUGACUCUGUGGCUGUCUGUGGCACUCGUAUUUUGGUUCCCGAGCUGCCGUGUUGAUUGCACAGAGCCAGACCAGGAGGCCCAGCGCUCUGAGCCUUUGCAGGACAUCAGUUCAGAGGAGGAGUCAAGAGACUCUCAUCAGCAAAACAAGGAGGAUGAGAGCUUGGCUUUGCUCCCCGAGUCCUUGUCCGGGAAUGAGGAGUCACCAGGGGACGAUCAAAAAGACGAGCAGCCGACGCAGGCGGCGGACAAGAAAGAGACACAUUCAGAGGUCUCCGAGCCCACCAUAAAUGCAACGACGGAGGUCAACAGCAGCGUUUCGCAGCCCGAGCCGGAACACGAGCAACGCUCAGAAAUGGAAAACCUUGACGCAUCCACUGCUCAAGACAAAGACUCGGUUGUCCUCAUUAUGUCUUCCGAUAUAGUCCACGAAUCCAGUGCUGAGGAAACUGACAGCCUCGGUAUUCCGACCCUUCACGACACCGUUACAGUCAGUGUUUCAGACGACACAAGCGAUGACGCUCAUCCCGAGGUCCUUGACUCUGACUUGGCUCCCGCCGAAUGUGCGGAAGAGGCAAACCCCUACGACCAUGACAGGCAUCCUCCAGUAGUUUUGGAAAACAUGUCAAACGUUCACACAACCGGGACCAAAACUCACAGCGACCCUCCAAGUGCCCAGGCUGGUCAGCAUCUGGACGGGAACCUAUCACACACUCUCAACGAGCAAGACGCGAGUGCCGCCGUCAUCGGGGACGCCGAUCCCAGUGUGAGCGGGAAAGACCCCGAGGACAUCCCGACGUUUGAUGAGUGGAAACGGAAAAUGAUGGAGGUGGAAAAUGAAAAAAGUAAAACUCUGUCCACACACACUUCAACGAACGGCGGUUCCAACGUCGUGAAGAAGGUGCAAAAAAACUUCAACAACUACGCUUCCGUGGAGUGUGGAGCAAAGAUCCUCGGUGCUAACCCAGAAGCUAAGAGCACGGCAGCCAUAUUGAAGGAGAAUAUGGACCUGUACAUGCUUAACCCCUGCAGUAACAAAAUCUGGUUCAUCAUUGAACUCUGCGAGCCCAUUCAGGUGAAACAGUUGGAUAUCGCCAAUUUUGAGCUCUUCUCUUCCACACCCAAAGACUUCCUCGUCUCCAUCAGUGACAGGUACCCAACCAACAAAUGGCUCAAACUGGGAACCUUUCAUGCCCGGGACGAACGCACUGUCCAGAGCUUUCCAUUGGACGAGCAGCUUUAUGCUAAAUACGUCAAGAUGUUCGCCAAGUACAUAAAGGUUGAGCUGCUCUCUCACUUUGGCUCCGAACAUUUCUGCCCCCUCAGUCUCAUUCGAGUGUUUGGGACAAGCAUGGUGGAAGAGUAUGAAGAAAUAGCCGAGCCGUCUGAAAGACCAGAAGAUCAGGAUGACGACUUGGAUGAUGCAUCCGGCUAUGGACCUGGUGAAGUCAAGUAUUCCAAGAAUCUGAUUGGCUCGGCUAAAGAUGUCAUUUUGAACAUGGUCAAUAAUAUCGCCGUAAACGUUCUUGGUGGUAACUCAGAAAUGCAAGGAAACCUUUCAUCCGGCGAUGUGAGUGUGAAUGGACCCGGUGUUAAUGAAACACUGACUCAAACUCCCAUCAUAGACUCAACCUCUGUUUCAGAGUUGGAAGAGGCAACCUUGUCUCCAGGCGCAGUCGUCACUGAAACUGGUGCCUCACCCUCAACAACCGCCGUCCCAGAACAGCUUCCGGAUGAUCACAGUGAACAGCAGCCUCCCCCACCCGAGGAACAAAUUGUGAUUCCUUUGGAGUCAGAGGAAGAAGAAUCGAUCAGCUCCACAAUCACCCUUUUGGAGAAAGAGGAAGAGUCGGAUGGGGAGAGGGAGAAAAUGGAUCGCAAUGAAGCGCAACAUGUGGACUUCUGUGCGUUUCUUCCUUUGUUUGCCUCUUGUUCGUGCGGCACCUCCCUUCAGGAGUAUCUGCAGCAACAAUGUUUGGUGCUGCUAUUCAAAAAAAGGAAAUGCCAACCCGCGGACAGAAAGCAAACGGCUCCUUCCAACCGCACUCCCGCUUGGCCCCCGCUUUCACCCUCCUCCGCCUGUCCUGAGCCCGAGCGGGAUCACAGCGAGACACGUCAGCCCCAUGAAAACCGACAAGCUCCCGUGGGGGAGCCAGAAAGCGGAGCCAGCCCGUCGCAAGCGCAUCAGCCUCCAGAGAAAACGGUCGUCGAAUCUCAUUACGACUCUGUGUCCGAAUCUCCUCUCCUGGAGCCCAGUCAGACAUCAAACCUCGCGAAAGCCACCGCCCCCGAUUCAUCCGCUGCCAACCAGACUGUUGUCGAGACCCCGCAGCUUCCCUCUGAGGCUCCGGCAAAGCCACGAAGCUCAGAGGAGAGCCAAGACAUGCUGGCUGUGGAGAAGCAGACAGAGACUUCGCUACCUCCCAGUAGCUUGGUCAUCGCACCCGCAGCGGAUGAUGGCAAAGUGGCGCCGACAGAACUCAAGGCCAGCACGGUGAUGCAUGUCUCUCUGCCAAAUCCUGAUAUGACAGGUGAGUCCCAGACUGCUUCCCCUCGUGCACAUCAGUCCCCGGACCCAGCCGCCGUCCUUGACAGCGACACUCUUUCUGUCGAGACAUCCCAGCCUUCCCCACACACACCCGUUGAACUCGAGCUCUCUAGUAGCGCCCCGAUCAUUCCCGAUAGCAAAACGGAUGACCUCACCGAAGAUGCCUCUACCCCCGGUCUCCCUCCUCUGCCUUCGACAUCCCCCUCGCCGUCCCUCUCAGACAUCUACGCGGAUCCCCCGAAUGGCACCGAGCAGAAUGGCAACCCGGUGCACGGCUCCAGCCAGAAGGAGUCGGUUUUCAUGCGACUCAACAACCGCAUCAAGGCCCUUGAGAUGAAUAUGUCGCUCAGCGGGCGCUAUCUGGAGCAGCUCAGCCAGAGAUAUCGGAAGCAGAUGGAGGAAAUGCAGAAGGCUUUCAACAAAACCAUUAUUAAACUCCAAAACACCUCCAGAAUUGCAGAGGAGCAAGACCAGCGUCAGACGGAGUCCAUUCAUUUGCUGCAAGGCCAGCUGGAAAAUGUGACUCAAAUGGUUCUCAACCUCUCGGUUCAAGUCAGCCAGCUGAAGAACGAGGUGUCAGACAGGCACAACUACCUGCUGCUGUGCCUGCUGCUGAGUCUGUGUUUCGGCGUGGUGCUGUUGGCCAACCGCUGCCGCAUCUCCAUCACGCCUCCAAAUGCUGAGCCGGAGCCCCCCGCACUAAACAGCUACACCUACUGCUGUCCCGAGAGGAAUUUCACCUCCGGUGAUGACUGUAGUCUGAAGAGGAGCGCAUCCUACCCGCUCAUCCACUCAAUUCAGUUAGUGCCUACUAAAGGUCUCGAAAGUCUUCAUCCUGAGGAGAGUCAAGCUAAUAGAAAGAAAAGACGCCGUAAGAUGAAACCCACUGAAAAAGUGCAGACUCUGACAUCCUUUCGCGGCCCUCCGCUCGCAUGCAACGGAGCCGCCGUAUGGAACAGCGCGCCCGUCACGUCAAACCCGGCCGCCCUGACAAGGAGUCUACUUCUACCCGCCUUCAGAGAGUCCCCGUCCGAGGGCAGCUCGGAGACAUCGUCGCAUUCGGACGAUCCCUCCCUGUGUGGAAUCAACAGCGCCUGCUCUCGCAUAUGCCAAGGUCUGUCCCUGCCGAAGACCCGGGCGGAGAAAAGGGCGUUAAGACGCAGGCGUCCCAAGCCCACUUGUGCCGUGGUGGACUUCCUUCGGGUCCCGCAGCGAGACAAAAGCAAUACGUUGUCCAUCUCUGCUACACAGGACAUCAUGAGCAUGAAAUCAAAGCAAAGCUCGGGGACUUUUGGGCUGAAUCUCCCCCUCUCAGGUCCUGUCUGACACGGAAAAUCCACGUAAGACUGCAAGUUUGCACUUCUGGCUUUACUCUUUGUCAAAGAGCCCGACUGAUCUUAGUUCCUGUUGGAACAUGUGACCGUUUCCAUCACCUGUACUGUUUUCUCCUUUUUGUAUUUGUUGUGCGUCGCGCCAUCUUCCAAGUCAAAAUGUUCCCAAUUGUUUGGAAUGAAAAGACGAAUAUGCAAUGUG